AUGCCGAGCACCUCGGACGCGGCGGCCGGCGGGAGCGGGGGCAGCCGGGGCUGGGGCAGCGGCGGCAGCGCGGCGGUGGAGGCGGCGGCCGACAAGAAGCGGCUGCACCACCGGAGGCGGAAGCGCUUCGCGACCCAGCCGCAGCCGCCGCCGCCGGCCCCGCACCCGCUGCUGUUCCCGCUGCUGCAGCCGCCGCUCCUGCAGCCCCCGCUGUUGCAGCCACCACUGCCGCCGCAGUCCCUGCUCUUCUUGGCGGCCACCGGCGCCUCCUCCUGCUGCGGGGACGGCGGGGAGCGGAAGCGGCCGCGGGGCAAGCGGCGCUCGGGUUCCCGGCACAAGCGGCGGCGGGGCCGCGGCGGCGGCGGGGGCGGCGGGGGCACCCAGGAGGCGGAGAAGCGGCGCAGUAGCGGCGGGCUGAGCACGCUGGUGGAGGAGUACGACGACGUGAGCUCCCAGUCCGAGGGGCUGCUGGGCGGCGGUGCGGCCGGCGGGGGCAGCGGUGGGGGUAGCCCGGGCUCCUCGUCGGGCGGCGGGACACAGCGGCAGCGGAGCGAGGCGGAGCGGAGCGGCCGGUCCCGUCGGGAGCACCGCGGUAGCAGCGGGCGCUCCAAGGAGCGGCACCGGGAGCACCGCCGGCGCGGCGAGGACAAGGCGCAACAGGAGGGGGCGGCGGCGCUGGGCCGCGGGGCACCCGAGCCCUCUUCGUCGUCCUCCAAGUCCCGCAGCCGCCACAACCACACCGGGAGCCAGGACCGGGAGGGACUCAAGAGCACCGGCGGCAGCGACAGCCGUAGGAAGGGCUCCCUCGCCUCGCCCAGCAGCGGCAGGAAAGAGCGGGACAGCAAAGCACAUCGGAGCCGGACUAAAGCGGCCAAGGAGCCGCCGUCGGCUUACAAGGACCCGCCGAAGGCUUACCGGGACGACAAACCUGAGCCCAAGGCGUACCGGCGGCAGCGCUCGUCGCCCAGCCCCGGGCGGGAUGACAGCCCCCCGCUGCACCGCUCCUCGCAGAGCCAGCGCGGCCGCAAGUCGCUCAGCCCGGUGAGCGCCCGCUCACCGCUCAGCCCCUACAGCCGCCGCCGCUCCCCCAGCUACAGCCGGCACAGCUCCUACGAGCGCGGCGGGGAUGUGUCACCCAGCCCCUACAGCAGCUGGCGCCGGUCGCGGAGCCCCUACAGCCCCGUUAUUCGGAGAUCAGCAAAAUCUCGAAGCAGAAGUCCAUAUUCAUCAAGGCACUCGAGGUCUCGUAGCAGACACAGAUUGUCCAGAUCCAGAAGUCGUCAUUCAAGUAUUUCUCCUAGUACAUUGACUCUGAAGAGUAGCCUGGCUGCUGAGCUGAACAAAAACAAAAAAGCAAGAGCUGCUGAGGCAGCCAAAGCCAGUGCCAAAGCUUCCAAUACUUCAACACCUACUAAGGGAAGCACUGACACUGCUGUAAGUGCACCUCAAGUGAACAACGUAAAGGAUCUGAAGAAGAUCAAAACUGAGCAUACACCUUCUCCUACCAGCAGUGCGAGUCUGAAAAACGACAAGGCAAAAGCAAAGGUCUCACUUCCUGAAACAAAAGGGGAAAAUAAUUUAAUUGCAGACAAAGUUACUAAACAGAAGCCUGCAGCAGUAAAAGAGAAUAAAUUAACUGUUGUAAAACAGCCACUGGUCACUGUAAGAGAGAAAAGCAAGCAGAGUGCACCAAGUGUAGUAGCCAAGGAAAAGGAUCGAAUCGUUGCACUACCAACCUCCACGCUGCCACCCUUGCCUUUGCCUCCCACACUGCCUGAAGACAAAGAAACUGAUAGUUUGCGAGAGAAUAUUUCAGUGAAGUCAGUUAAAGAAACAGAGAAGAAACUUCGCCAUCUGCUCGCAGACUUGCCACUUCCACCUGAGUUGCCUGGAGGAGCUGAGGUACCCAAAAGUCCUGAAGAAAAGAAACCAGCAGUUCAGUUACACAGCAAGAGAAGACCAAAAAUAUGUGGACCACGACAUGGUGAAACGAAAGAAAAAGAAAUAGACUGGGGAAAGCGCUGUGUGGAUAAAUUUGAUAUCAUUGGUAUUAUUGGUGAAGGCACUUAUGGCCAAGUUUACAAAGCCAGGGAUAAAGAUACAGGGGAAAUGGUGGCACUAAAGAAAGUACGUCUGGAUAAUGAAAAGGAAGGGUUUCCAAUUACAGCUAUUCGGGAGAUUAAGAUUCUUCGACAGCUUAAUCACCAAAGCAUUAUCAAUAUGAAGGAAAUAGUGACAGAUAAGGAAGAUGCUUUGGACUUCAAGAAGGACAAAGGUGCAUUUUACCUGGUAUUUGAAUAUAUGGACCAUGACUUGAUGGGACUGCUAGAAUCUGGUUUGGUUCAUUUUAAUGAAAAUCAUAUUAAAUCUUUUAUGAGACAGCUGAUGGAGGGCUUGGCGUAUUGCCACAAGAAGAACUUUUUGCACAGAGAUAUCAAAUGUUCAAAUAUUCUUCUAAAUAAUAGAGGGCAGAUAAAGCUUGCGGAUUUUGGGCUUGCUCGGCUGUACAACUCUGAAGAAAGCCGACCAUAUACCAACAAAGUUAUUACGUUAUGGUAUCGGCCCCCAGAACUUCUGCUCGGAGAAGAAAGAUACACACCAGCUAUCGAUGUUUGGAGCUGUGGCUGCAUCCUGGGUGAACUUUUUACAAAAAAGCCAAUAUUUCAAGCAAAUCAAGAACUUGCACAGCUGGAACUCAUAAGCCGAAUUUGCGGGAGUCCUUGUCCAGCAGUGUGGCCCGAUGUUAUAAAAUUAGCUUAUUUCAACACAAUGAAACCAAAGAAGCAGUAUCGUCGAAAACUGAGAGAAGAGUUUGCUUUCAUCCCACCAGCUGCAUUAGAUUUAUUCGAUUAUAUGCUUGCUCUGGAUCCCAGCAAACGCUGCACAGCUGAACAGGCUCUUCAGUGUGAAUUUCUGCGAGAUGUGGAACCAUCUAAAAUGCCUCCUCCAGACCUUCCUUUAUGGCAAGAUUGCCAUGAGCUGUGGAGUAAGAAACGCAGAAGACAGAAGCAGAUGGGCAUGACUGAUGACUCAACAGCAGCUAAAGUCCCUAGGAAGGAUCUAUCCCUAGGCAUGGAUGAGAGCAGAACCAACACCCCACAAGGCAUGCAAACUUCUUCCCAACUCAAAACUCAGGGCAACUCUAGUGUAGCACUUGCGAAAACAAGCACUGGACAGCAGUUAAACCAGAAUGAAGUGGCAAUCCUGCUAAACCUGCUACAGUCUAAAACAAGUGUUAGUUUGGCACAGUUUGCCCAAGUAUUGAAUAUUAAGGUAAACCCAGAGACUCAGCAGCAACUAAAUAAAAUAAAUCUUCCUGCUGGAAUUUUGUCAGCAGGUGAAAAACAGUCAGAACAGCAGCAGCAGCAGCCGCCGCCGCCUCCGCCACCCCCGCCAGAGCAGGAGCCUCUAAAACAGCAGAUCGUCACCCAGCCUCCUGUGCCACCUGCGCAGCUGGGCCAGCCUAAAGUUGAGACUGAUGCUGCCCAGGCAGCUGUGCAGAGUGCAUUUGCUGUUCUGUUGUCUCAGUUAAUAAAGGCUCAGCAAACAAAACAAAAAGAUUUUGUGUUGGAGGAGAAGGAAAACGGAUCAGGAAAUGAAAUGUCAUUACAACUCAGGCAGCCUCCAGAGCCCUCCACUCCUGCAUCUGUCAGCCGGGACGACGUGGAAUCUCCAGCACCUGGCUACCCACAUCUGAUCAAAUCAUUAUAUAUGUCUGCAGGUCAAGAGGAUUUGGUUAGGCAGUCUGAGAUGAGGCUUCUAAACCGAACACCCGAACAGGAGCGCCCUCGGAUCCUGCCUCCAGAUCAGCGUCCCCCCGAGCCACCAGAGCCUCCGCCUCUCACUGAUGAAGACCUUGAUUAUCGGACAGAGAAUCAGCAUUUGCCUAUAACUAACUCUUCAGGAACAGAUCCUCAUGCAGGAGUGAAAGCAGCUCUUCUGCAGCUGCUUGCUCAGCAUCAAGCUCAGGCGACAACAGAGGAGCCAGUACAAACGAGUGUGGAUUAUCAGGCUAGAGACUCCUAUGUUACAGGCCCAGACUACAAGGAUAACUUUGGAUCAUCGUCUUUUUCAUCUGCCUGUUACAGCAGUAGCGAUGGAAUAGGAAGUGGAUCAUCAGGAGUAUUAGAAAGGAGGAGUUUCCUUGGAAACUCAGAUAUUCAGUCUUUGGAUAACUACAGUACUGCUUCAUCUCACUCUGGUGCUGCCCCUCCUCCAUCAGCCUUUUCAGAAUCCUUUCCCAGCUCAGUAACUGGUUAUGGAGACAUUUACCUCAACACUGGCCCCAUGCUAUUUAGUGGAGAUAAAGACCAUAGGUUUGAAUACAGCCACGGCCCAAUCCCGGUUUUGGGGAGCAGCAGUGAUGCCUCCACAGGGCCAGAGAGUACACACUCUUUGCCCUCAAAGAUGCACAACUAUAGCUAUGGAAGUAAUUUGCAGGAAAACCCCAGUGGCAUCAGCCACAUGCAUGGACAGACUUGGACUUCUCCUGCCCAAGGACCUGGCUAUUCUCAAGGAUACAGGGGACACAUUAGCACAUCUGCAGUGAGAGGGCGAGGCAGAGGAUUACCAUAUUGAGUAUCUGUUUUUCCUCAGGCACACCAUUUUUAUCUGGAAAAACUUUUUUUCCCCCCCCUUUAGCUGCAGUUUAAAGCAGCAAUUCAACAGACUUGAAUAAUGUUAAUUCAACAGCUUUAUUUUUAUGUGGAAAAGGGUCUUGCAUACAGUAGGAAAAAUUAAAAAAUGCUUACAACUCAUGUUGUCUGAAAACUAGAUAAAUUGAUUGUACAUGUUCACAAACUCUAGUUCUGAAUUUUAUUUUGUAUUUUGGCAGUUUUAAGUGGAUGCUAAAUUUAGGGACAUCAGCUUUUUAUGGCACUCUUUCAGAUCUUCUGAACUAUGCACAUUUGUGCUUUUUUUGUAAGUUUGGACCAACUUUUAUGUAAAAAAAAAGGAAAUUUUACAACAAUCAAAGCAGGGCACUGAUUUAUUUGGUAUUUUUCUUUUUACAGAACUACCUUUAGUCAAAGGUCACUGUCAGUCUUUGCACUGCUUUCAGUGUUAUUGUGGAAGGUGUACUUUGUGCUCAUUUCAGAUAAUAAAACACAACCUUUCUCUCGAUGCAAAAUUUUAUAAAUAUUUGGUCAAUGUUUUUUUUUUUUUUCUUUCAAGAAAAAAAAAGAAUGGAUGUUCUGGUAAAAUGUCCAUCUCCCAGGCUUGUUUAUAUAAAAACUGUUUUACUUGAAUGGUAAGUGCCUUAACAUGUAAGCUUAAGGUCUGCAAAAAUUUGGAAGUACUUUAUAGAUGAGUAUGAACAUAAUGCCUAAACCUCGGUAGUUAACAAGAGAAUUCAGAUAAUAAUAAGAAACUCAAAUAGGUCAUAACCUUGUGCUGUUUACUUUACAUGGGCCAGUUACUUAGAGACCUGAUCUUACCUUGGUGAAAUCGUAAUUUCCAAAUUGAACUUCAUGAGAAACAUAAAAAGUGAGGAGAAGAAUGAAGAGUGUAGUUUUUCCUCAGCUCCCUCUUGGAGUUGUUGUGUUUUAGUUCCUCUGCCAAAUAAACUAUACUUCGUAUGUCCUUACCAAGUGAUAAAAUAGUUUUUUCUCUUAAAUGUCAAUAGCAGUAAUUACUUUACUUUGUGUGGAAAGCUGACAUUCUUGUCUUUUUACCACAAGUACUUCAUUGUAGAAAGUAACCAAAGGAAAAAUGACCAGUAUUUAAAGCAACAGCAAAACGUUUGACAUUAGUUCUAAUUCUCUGUAAACUUGUAAUUGUGCCAAUUAAUUGAUUUUUAUAUCUGCUAUUCCACGGAACAGUUUAAUAUUGGAAUUGAGUCUCUCUGAACAACUGAUAAAAUUAUUAUAGUUAAAACUCUUAUCAAGAGCCACUCCUCAUACUAAUUACAACUUCCAGCAUGUUUUUUUCCUUCCUUUGACAAGUGGUCUCUCUCCCGCAGAGAGGAGGUAUGGUUAUAUUUUGCCUGUACGUAAAAGAAUGUUUUGAAGCCCAUAUUGGAAACAAUUUUCCAACUGAUUAUCCAGUUGACAAAUCGGUACCUUAUGUAACUGAGUGUUUAAAUAUUACUUUUUAAAAAAAAGUAAAAUUUCUACUUACACUA